AUGUUAGUUGCCAGCGAUACACGUGAGUUGCAGCGAUACACCCUGGUGUUGGAAUGUGGGGGGCGUGUUUUAUCUGACGCCUGUGCCUUGUCCUCCCCCUCCCCACCCCGUCUCCCCUCUUCAUCAGUCCGUCCGGUGUUGGAGAGCGGCGGUCGGUUUGGGCGCAGCAGCGAGGCGGCCAGCAAGUACAUUCGGUUCACGGAGGAGGGCCUGGACUCGCUGCUCAACGAGUUCUUCCAGGGCAGGGAGAGCCGCAACAUCCUCCUCACUCAACCCGCUGCCCGCUAG